CUUACGGGGAAGUCAAAAUGAAGACAUCUGUUGUUUUGGCUUUAUUUGGCUUUGUACUCGCUGUUGGCUUUUCAGUUGCAGAAACUGAAAAUGAGUCGACCAAAAUGGCAGACGAAUUUGAAAUAGAAAAAUCCCAAGGUGAAGAAUACAUGACAGAGAACGAUGGAGAGUUCGACAAGGAAGACCCAGAGGACAAGGAUAUGGCUAUCCUUAUAAGUGAAAACAACGUGGUAGCCGCAAAUAAGGAGUUUGACGAAGGAGCAUUCGACAAUGACGAUGAUGGAGACGAAAUCAGUGACGCAGACGACGUAGGAGCAAUAAAAAAGUCAGCUGACCCUUUUCGCUAUAAACGCCGGUUCAGAUCGUACAGACCGUACAGACCGUACAGACCGUAUAGACCGUACAGACCGUACAGACCGUACAGACUGUACAGACCGUUCAGACACGGCGUUCGACCUCGUUUUCGUCCUAGAUUUCGCGGUUAACGAAGACCAUUUCAGUGAUGGAAUAUGCAAACUUUUGGUGAAGGUCUUGAUGAAUACCCAACUCGAUAAUGCAUGGAGAACUUAGCACAACUCAUGAUGAGACAGCUUCCUCUACUUCUAAAAUAUAUUGGGGAGAAAAAGUUGUCAUUUGCUUCAAGUUCGCGUUGAUAAAAAUUAAGAUAGUUUACUAUACUUGGCUCUAUUGCCGUUUUUUUGUUUUCCUUGAGAUUUUAUUUUUCAGUUUCAUUUGCUUAUUAAGUUGUAGUUAAGGUAGAUUUUUUUAAGUUAUAUCAGCCAAGUUGAAAUUGUAAAUUGGCCACCGUGAAGAGUUAAAAAGCUGAUUUCCAUAUGCUGCCUAGAAUGAUAAGAUAGAUUAAAGUGUCUAGCGACUGGUUUUGAUGCGUCAUUGUCAUUCCUCUCUACGUCGUGAAAGUGUUCUCGGAAUCGGUCACCUAGUCGUCUUCCUGUUUCGCCGAUGUAUA